AUGACUAGCAGCAACAGUAGCCACACCACAUCCGGCCUUAGCCACCAGCAUUUGCACUCACCCACCAAACUCACUGAAUUCGCUAGGAACUUUGAGGACAAACCAGAGUCGCUCUUUGGGCGCGUUGUCAACAAGAUCCAGAAUGUGUAUAACCAAAGCUAUAACACCGUCAAUGACAUAUCAAGUGGCACGAGCGGGAGCAGCAGCAGUGCCGCCUCCUCGCAGGCCGUUCAAGUGGGCAAGUCGCAGUUUUUUAGCGAAAACAAAACGAUAGGCUCUGAUGUGGCUGAAGGGGAAACCUCUGUGAGUCGCCCAACCACGCUAAGCUUAAGGGCCACCAGCGAGUCGAGGAGCACGAGCACAGUUGCCUCUAGUUCUGCCACUGCCGCUGAGGAUUCCGAGUCAAAUGAACGCUUGGAGGCAUUGCCCAGCGAAGCGAAUCAGGGGCGCACCGUUUCCAAUGUACUCAAGCACAUCAGCAACAUAGUGGCCACAAAAAACAACAAUGAUCUUCGCAACUACAAAGACACCGAGCUGCAGCGCUUCUGGAUGCCUGAUUCCAAGGCCAAAGAGUGCUAUGACUGCUCACAAAAGUUCUCCACCUUUCGGCGCAAGCACCACUGCCGGCUAUGCGGCCAGAUUUUCUGCUCCAAGUGCUGCAACCAGGUGGUGCCUGGCAUGAUCAUACGCUGUGAUGGCGACCUCAAGGUCUGCAACUACUGCUCCAAGAUAGUUUUGACCUUUUUGAAGUCCUCCAGCUCGGAGAUGGGCCAGGAUUUGCAGGCUUUGCAGCAGCAUUUGAGCAACAAACUGGAGGUACAGGACAGCGCCACGCCGCAUGCCAAGCACCCGCAGCAGCAGAGAGCGCCGCUUUCCAGGAAGACCUCCGUGGGCUACCAGGAAGAGCGCUUCAGCUCGCAAACCAAUUACAACACCCUGUCCAUAGAUGACCGCAAGAACAUCCUGCAGCAGUCAAAUUCACUGAUAACCCUGCACGAGGAGAUGCAACGGGAUCUGCCAGCCCAGAACUGUGGCCAACGGCUGAUUGAGUUCCUCAAUAGCAACAACAAGUCAGCGAAUGAAGUCCAGGCAGUGGCCAUUCUGAAUGCCAUGCUGGCAGCUGGUUUCCUCGAGCCCAUUGUCCCUGAUCCCGAGCAGUUGGACUUUGAUCCUUCGCUGCACUACAAGUUUGCCAAGAGCAGCAGCGGGCCAGACUCUACACGCACAAUGAGUCCACAGUUUGAGGUGGUCUCGCAUGCGGAACCGCAGCCACCCAAGUCCAUGGAUCAGUCCAUGGCUGAGGAGAAGGAAAGGGAGCUGGAGAAUGAGUUAGAGAAUGAUCUCUGCUUCACCACGGCCACCUCAAAGCUGCUGGAGUCCUAUUGCGAGCAUGAAGAUCAGCUGCUGGCCCAGCUCUUACGGGCGAAUCACCUCGACCAGGAGUGGGACAAGGUGCUGCAGAUGCUCUGCUCCACAGCCGCCAAUCACUUCAAGCCAGAGCACUGCACCAACGAUUUGAUGGACAUUCGAAACUAUGUGAACUUCAAGAAGGUGCCGGGUGGCAAGCGCAAGGACUCAACCAUUGUUCAUGGAGUGGCCUUCUCUAAGAAUGUGGCCCACAAGGACAUGGCCACGCAUGUGCCUUUUCCCCGCAUACUCCUGCUCCAGUGUCCCAUUGUCUACGAGCGGAUCGAGGGCAAGUUUGUGACCAUUGAGACGGUUCUGCUGCAGGAAAAGGAGUACCUCCGCAAUGUCUGUGCUAGGAUUAUGAGCUUUACUCCAAAUGUGGUGUUGGUUCACAAAAAUGUGGCUGGCAUUGCCCAGGAUCUGCUGCGGUCGUACGGCGUGACCCUUGUUUUGGAUGUGAAGCUGUCGGUGAUGGAGCGCCUGUCGCGCACGCUGCAGUGCGACAUUGUUAGCUCCAUUGAAUCCAAUAUAACCAUGCCCAAGCUGGGCUACUGCAAUGACUUUUACAUAAGGAACUACAAUGGCAAGACUCUGAUGUUCUUUGAGAAGCUCACCAAUCCCAGAGGAUACACCUGCCUCUUGAGAGGCGGCAGCAAUGCGGAGCUCACCAGGGUCAAGCGUGUGGCCUCGGCAUUGCUCUUUGCCCGCUACAACUGGCGCUUGGAGAUGUCCUUCCUGCUGAAUGAGUUCGCCCAGCCCCUGAGUCCCAAGCCCUCGAUAUUUGACUCCAAGGAGACGAGUCCCAAGACCCCUGAAACGGAGGCGGAACUGCGGGCUAAGAGACCUACCAUGGCAGAGCGCAAGUCGGAGGAUAAGAUCGUUGUGAGCAUAGUCAGUGAAAAUGUGGCUGACUUUACGGACCCCCUGCGUUCAUCCCAAGCGGAGGCCUUGUCCACCUCACCCUGUGCCCCGCCUGUGGUCCAAGCGUUGGCUGUGGAGCCACGCUACGAUAACCGUUUCCGCACAGCGCUGAGCUCCACGCUGUUGUCGGUGAGUCCUUUUCUAAGCUUCCCGCUUCCCUACCUGGAAACUGAACAAGGACGCAAGUGCAAGCUUAGGAAGCUGUUCCCCGCCGAGCUGUAUUUCUCCAAGCAGUGGUCACGCACGUCGGAGAGACCGGAGAGCGAGGCCAGGGACAGCGAAACAGCCAGCCGAGAACCUGGAAACAAGGAGAACCACAACCAGCAGAUGCAGCUCCUGCCGGCCCAUGACUUUGUGAAGAUGAAGAUUACAGCGCCGGCGAGCAGUCGCGAUAUACAGACCAAGCUGGCCGAGUUUCGAUCCUUUGGGGGACGUUUCCCCAAGGGCAAGGCGCCGAUGCUAAGACCCAAGAAGAAGAACGCCGAGCUUAUCCAGCGCCCGCAGAAGGUAAGCGAAGAGCAGCUGUAUAAGGAUGCCCUGGAUCCACAGAACCACCAGCGUCUGCCUGUGCUCUUCUGCAGCUUCCAUUACAAUCCCAAGGGUGUGUCCUCCUUCUGCAAGCUCCCUAUGCUGCUGGACAUGAAGUUCUAUGGGCAGUAUGACAUCAUGCUGGAGCAGUUCCUGCAGCGCUACUGCUGCCUGUUUAACUCGAUGUGUCCCUCGUGCAAUCUUCCUAUGCUGGGCCAUGUCCGUCGCUAUGUUCACUCCCUGGGCUGUGUGUAUGUCUACCUCACCGAGGACUCUACGCGUUCUGAUCCCAAAAGGAUUUACUUCACCUCCUGGUGUAGUAUUUGCAAUGCCACUACGCCCACGAUACCGCUCUCCGACUCUGCCAAGUGCUUGUCCCUGGCCAAGUAUUUGGAGAUGCGUUUCCAUGGCCAUGCCUACAAGCGUCGUCCGCCGCCAGAUGCCGAGCCAGGCAGCAGUCCCUGCGAGCACUCAAUCCACCGGGACUACGUCCAUCACUUUAGCUUUCGCGGCGUGGGAGCCAAGUUCCAGUAUACUCCUCUUGAGGUCUGGGAAACGGAUCUGCCCUCGCUGACCUUGCAGUUGGAUCUGCCUAAAUCUCUACCCGGCAUCCAGGUUCAAGAGGAGAUCAAGAACUUUUCAGUGCGAGGGCAUGAGGUGUACACGAGAAUCCACGAGAGGAUUGCUGACCUGGCCACUGAGGAGGAGAACACGCCGCUGGUGCAGAACCUGAAGACGAUGCUCACCCAUGACCAGUUUAUCUUCAAGCAAAAGAUCGAGAUAGUGCACACACUGCUCACGGAUAGCCGAGCCACGCCCUACGACACCAGCGAUGCCUUGGCCAUGGCCAGGCGGGCUCUGGCCGAGAGCAUUGAGCUGUGGGGCCCAAGGCUGCAGGAGAUUGAGAAGCUGUCCGCCAAGCAGGCGCAUCACAUAGACUCGGGGACCAUAUGCACCGAGGAACUGAGGCCGGAUUCGGGGGUUUCCUGUAAUCCCGAAGCCCCCAAGACCACCAGCUCUACGCUGGCCAGGGAGAAUGAUCCCCUGGAGUGUCCCAGCGAGGAUACGGAGACCAACCCGGCCAGUGCUCAAUCUGUUGCGGAAAAGAAGUUCUCCAUUGACCAGCUGCUGGCCAACACGGUGAAUGUGUACUCGGAUAAGAAGUCCAUCAGGAAGAUUCUCACCCAGCUCUUGCCUUCCACCAAUCAGGUGAAUCCCUUGCAGUCUCCCUUCUCCACCCAGGAGCAUCUCACGCUUCCAGCGGGCAGCAUUCCCAUCCAUGUCCGGGAGAACGACCUGAGCUCAGUGAUUGCCUACAGCUUGACCUCGGCGGAGUACCAAAAGGCCAAGGAGGAGGUGGAGCUUAAUUGCAAUGCGGCUGCCGUGGCCUCUUCCACCUCCAUCACCUCUGCUGCCCACUCAAGUCCCCAAUUGAAGCGGAAGAUUGUUCUGGCGGAGAACCAAAGCGAUGCCGAGGAAAGUCCUAGUAUUUCACGUACCUCCAGCAACACAAGUGCGGCUCCCAAUGUCACAGCCACGCCUCAAACUGCUGCCGAUUCCGAGGAGAAGAGCAAGGAGCGCACCAAGCAGCCACCCAGUCCGCAUGUCACUUUGUCCUUCCAGGACAACGGCUGUCAGUUUCAGUGCAAGAUCUUCUUUGCCCGGGAGUUUGAUGCGAUGCGCGCCAAGAGCCUGAAGCCGCCCAAGCUGGAUAGAUCGUUGUACCGCCGGCUGGAGAAGAGUAAGAUGCGCGAGGAGUUGAGAAUCUCACAGAGUCGCACGGGCUCUGAAAUGGAGCUGGUGCGCAAGCCCAGCGAUGUGGGCGGUCCGCGACCCACAGAGGAGGCUAUGGACUUGGAGGAAGAGUCCAGGAUUGCGCUGGCACGAAGCCUGUGCAACAGUGUUCAGUGGGAGGCAAGGGGUGGAAAAUCAGGAUCAAGAUUCUCCAAGACAUUGGAUGACCGCUUUGUACUCAAGGAAAUGAACUCCAAGGACAUGAGCAUCUUUGAGCCCUUUGCCCCAAAGUAUUUCGAGUACAUAGACCGUUGCCAGCAGCAGCAACUGCCCACCCUUCUGGCCAAGAUCUUUGGGGUAUUCAGAGUCAGCGUGAAGACAAAGGACUCAACAGUGGAACGAUCAGUGAUGGUCAUGGAAAAUCUGUUCUACGGCUGCGAAAUUGAAAAGAAAUUCGAUCUAAAAGGAUCCGAGCGGAAUCGUUUGGUGGAUCCCACCACUCAGCAGGGCGAAAUUGUACUUCUAGAUGAGAAUCUAGUGCAAAUGUCCUGGUCAAAGCCUCUGUAUGUGCUGUCGCAUAGCAAAACUGUGCUAAGGGAUGCCAUUCAGCGGGACUCGUCUUUUCUAGAGCGAAAUGAGGUCAUGGACUACUCCAUGCUGGUGGGUUUGGAGAAGAAAAACAAUUUGCUGGUUCUGGGUAUUAUUGAUUACAUACGCACCUUCACCUUGGACAAGCGUAUGGAGUCCAUUAUCAAGGGUUCGGGUAUCCUAGGCGGCAAGGGCAAAGAUCCCACGGUGGUAAAUCCCGAACGCUACAAGCUGCGCUUUAUUGAUGCAAUGGAUCGCUACUUCCUCACUGUUCCCGAUCGCUGGGAGGGUCUCUCCAAGGUCUGAGAUCAACCCUACACACAAACACACCUUAGUUAACAUAGCUGUAGAUGCAAUAAAAUAAAAAAGUAAACUACAAAACCCA